UUGACUAAUGAUAUUGACAACACAUCAACGUAAAAAUUAACAAAACUUUAUUACUAUUUUCUGCAUUAGGUCAAUUUUAAUACUAGAUUUAGAUCUCUAGAUCUAGCGUAGCUUUAAAAAAUGACAGUUGACGUCGCAAAUAAAACAUUUACAUUGCCAUCUGGACCUGCAACUCUAUGUUUUGAUAAAGAAGAGUUUAUGAAGAAAGACUUUGAAGUUGACAAGUUCAUUAUGGAUUGUAAAAAAAAGGUUCCACUUGAAACCUUACGUGACGACCUAGAUCUAUAUUUAAAAGUCAUCAGAAGUGCAAUGAUUGAACUCAUUAAUAAAGAUUAUGCUGAUUUUGUAAACUUAUCAACUAACUUGGUUGGAAUGGAUAAAGCUAUAACAAAUUUAACAACCCCACUUGGUCAGCUUAAAGAAGAAGUUUUGAGUGUCCAAACAGCAAUGGAUGAAGCCAUCAAAGGUGUACAAGAGAAGAUCAGACAACAGCAGGAAAUACAGAGAAAAAAGGCUGUGCUACAAAGGUUAAUGAACAUAACAGCUUCUGUAGAAAAAAUAGAAAAACUGCUUGGAAUAAAACAAGGCACAGAUACAGACACUCCUGGUGAACUGACUGGACCAUUGAUAGAACGUGUUGCAACAGAAUUUAACAAACUUCAGUUUUAUGUUACAAGAAGCAAAGGACUGCCACUGGUAGAUAAAGUUAAACCUCGCAUAGCAGCAAUAACGACUACUCUACAAUUCAGUCUUGAGGGCUCAUUCUUGUCUGGGCUUGAGACAGAAAAUGCUGGAAUGUUGCGGCAGUGUCUAAGAACAUAUGCACUCAUAGAUAAAACUCAUGAUGCUGAGAGUUUAUUUCAAGAGCAUAUUGUUCAUCCUUAUAUGGAAGAAGUAAUUAGUGAAGAAUUUUUGAGACAUCACAACAAAGAUAUAUCAGUAAUGUUUGAUCAUAUAGUGGCUUUCUUCCCUGAAAAAUGUUCCAUCCUCACUGGCAUUACAACAGGGACCAGUGGAGACAUUGUUAGGGGAUAUGACUUUAUAGUGAACGCUGUAUUGCCUGAAGUGGUCAAGAAUCUAGAACUCAAGACACCAUCUAUAUUUGCACCAGGAAAUCCUGAUGUUUUCCACAAAAAAUACAAUGCAUGCAUGAAGUUUCUGGAUGAUUUUGAGCAAUGCUGUGGCUCUUUGGCCAGUGUGAAACGUCUCAGACAACAUCCAAGUUAUAGUUCACUUCUUGGAAAAUGGAGUUUACCUGUCUAUUUUCAGAUUAGGUUUCAAGACAUUGCUGGAUCCUUUGAAACCUCCUUAGCUACUGGUUUUAAUAAUGUUCAAGGAGAUUUUCACCUUCAGUCUUCCAAUGCCCUGUGGACAUGUUUGAAUUGGUGCUGGAGAGAGGAUAUUUUCUUACCAGCUUUAACUCACAGAUUUGUAAAACUAAAUCUUCAACUACUUUCACGUUACAAAACAUGGCUUAAUGAAGUUUAUCAAGAAGAGUUUGUCAGAAAAACUGAAUCAGUUACAGAAACAAAGCCACGUUCCUCAACUCCUGACAUCCUAAAUAGUCCAACAACAACAACUGACAUAAUGACUCGGUCCAUGUCACCAAAACCCACACAUAUGCAAGAUUUAGUGCAAAGACCAGCCCUGACAACAGGCCAAGUGGUAGCUUUGAUGGCAGAUAUGGAUAAGUUGGUUGCCAUGAUUCCAUUAUUGUAUGAAAAUGAAAUUAAGACAAAGCUUGUGUCUGUGGGACAUGAAAACCCAGACUUGGUGAAAGUGAUACUAUCUGAAGAAAUGAGUUCAGCUUGUGAAUGUAGACCAAGGUUUUGGUCCAUGGUCACUGAAGACAUAAUUAAGAGAUGCAGUGUUUUCUUGAAUCAGGUUAAUGACAUUCCUAGGCUCUACAGAAGAACUAACAAAGAGGUUCCCACCAAACAGUCCACUUACCUGUCCAGUGUGAUAAAACCCCUGACCCAGUUUUGUGCUGAGCAUUCGAAUGCGUUAAAUCAGCAGCAGAAAGUGGAGUUCCUUGGUCAUGUUUUCACCUCCCUUACCCAACAAUUUUCAGAAGUGACUUGUGAGGUUUUGACAUCAACUAAAAAGAUGGAAGAAAGUUUGAGACGGUUGAAAAAAGCAAGAGGAGGAGAGAAAGAAAAAGAAAAAUCAGGUUUUAGUGACUCGGAUAAAAUCAGAACUCAGCUGAUUAUUGAUAUCAGAAGUUUCCAUAAACAGAUGGAAGACUUUGGAAUUCAACCAGAAAAUAUUGAAGGCUACAGCAAGCUUUCCUCUUUAGCUGAAGAUGCACAAGCUGACAUCACUUCUUCUAGUUCUUGAACUGAACAGAAUUGAAUAAUUGUUUUAAGAAUGUUUUUUACUUAGUUUUUCUGUAAAAAAAUGUUUUACACACCAACAUGCAAUCAAAGUUAAACCCAGAUAUAAUGGUGGGUUGUAUCAGUAAUAUUACUAUGCACAUUCAUUCCUUGUUGUUAAUAUCUUAAUGCUUUUCAAGUAUCCCUUGAUUUUCUCUGCCAGGGAAAAAGUUCCCUUUAUUAAGUUUUGUAUUUCAUUUCACACUAUAAGUUUUACAUAGUUUAAAAAAAAACAACAUUGCUAUUACAAAACACUGUAAAUAUGUUAAUAUAUUUAUUAAUGUAUUAUUGUUAUACACUUCAAAAUAAUUAAUAUUUUCUAAAUUGUAAAUAAUUUUUGCAUUUUUAAACUUAAUCUUCUUUAUAAUUAGCCUACAUUAGAUUAGUAAUUAAACUAUUAAAGUAAGUUAAAAAGAACAAAGAUAUCCUAGAAACUGUGGACUAGUGAAUAAAAGUGGACGAGUACAAUCUUGUUUUUUCCCUAUUGAUUUUCUUUAGUACUGCCAAAAUAAACAUUUCAAAAAUUCUAAUUUUAAUGUGCCGAUGUAUCUUAUGGCUUGGCUGAAAAUUUAAAAAAAAAGCUAUGAGGUUGUAUUUAAAGUUCCAUUUGGUCAAAUGUGAUUUGGUCAAAUAUGAUGUGAUAUGGGCCAUCUUUAAAAGCUAUUAGUACCAUGCCCAAAGCUGCAAUUACAAAUGUGAUCCAAUACAUUUCUUUUAUCUAUUUAUAUUUUGUUUUUUUCUGUUGGGUUGCUUGCUGCUUCCAUUUAUGUAUUAAACUGAAAUGUGAAUCAUGCUCAUGUAUAAUACAGUAAAUGUCAUUUUAAUUUAGUAAUUCAAAAACUUAUGACAAAUGUUUUCUGAUUUAAAAAAAGUUAUAUUGUAUUCAAAAUGAGGGAAAGCUAUAAAAAUAAAGCUUAAAAAACAGGUUUUUCUUUUUCUUUUUUAAAACUUAAC